UGCUGAAUAUAAACUGGGGAAGGUUGUAUAAGGAGAAUACUUUUCAUAUUGUGACAUUCAACUGCUGAAAACAUGAGUUCAAAUCAGGAUCCUCCAGGUAAACCACCAGUGGCUAUAAAGAAGAGGUCGAAGGUGCCUGGUGUGAUGGUUACACAGUUUGUUGAGAUUGUCCCUAUAGGAAAGACAACUCCAGACUUCACUAGAAAACCCAUGCCUUUAACCAUACAACAAGGAAAAAAGGCAGUUUUUAAAGCAAUGGUUAGUGGAAUGCCAGCACCAACAGUCACCUGGACAAGAAACAAAUGUGAGAUGAAUGAUCCAGAGAAGUACAAAAUCAAACUGGAUCAAAGAUCUAAAGAGUAUAUUCUAGAGAUACCAGAUGUACAGCCUGAGCAAAGUGACACAUACAAAUGCACUGUCACCAAUGUAUUUGGUGAAGCCAUCAGUACUGCUAUUCUAAAUAUAAUCCCAGUUAAAGCCAAGAAAAAGGGUGACAAUGAUGAUCAGGGACCAAAUGAUUUCCGUUCAAUGCUGAAGAAAACAGUCGUUACGACCAGAAAGAAACAGCUCCCACCACCCAAAGAGGGAGAGAUUGAUCCCAAGCUUCUGGAGCUGCUCCUCUGUGCCCCAAAGAAAGAUUAUGAGAAAAUCUGCUUUGACUUUGGUGUCACCGACUUCCGCUGGAUGCUCAAGAGACUCAAACAACUGAAAAAAGAAAGAGAGGAAGAGCAGGCCAAGGUUGUGGAGGCGCUGGAUGAGGUCAAACAAAUUGAAGUGAAACCCAAUGGGAAAGCUGAAUUUAGUGUUGAUAUGAAGCUGUGGGAUCCCAACAGUGCAAUUAACUUAUAUAAGGAUGGAGUUUUGAUCCCAUACAGCGAUGAUGAAAACGCAAAGCACUGUUUGAAGAGAGAUGGGACAAAGUAUGUUUUCAGCAUCAAAGAUCUGAAGCCAGAAGAUGCAGGAUUCUAUCAGCUCGAUGUGGAAGAUGCAAAUGUCCUUACAACAGACUUUAAAGUCCCAGCUGUGGAGUUUGAAGCGCAGCUCAAAGAUGUGAAGGCCGUUGAAAGCGAGGACGCCGUCUUUCAAUGUGUCCUUUCCACACCUCUGAACAGAAUCACUUGGUCGUCAGAGAAGGGUUCCCUUGACAAUGAGGACAAAUAUGAGAUCACUGUGUCAGAAGACAUGCUAACUCACACGCUCAAAGUGAAAAACUGUGACCUUAAAGAUACUGGGGCCUACUAUGCAAUCGCUGGGAUAACAUCAAGUAAAGCAUCUCUCACAGUUGAAGCUGAUCCAAAUGCUAAAAAAGGGGACAAAUCAGGAAAGGAUCUGUCUAAUUCAGCCGGGUUACAGAAAGAAGAUGCAGACACAGAUGGAGAUACGAAGGAUGGGGGAGGUGCAGAAACAGGUGAAGAUGGAUCCGGAGGAAAAACUGAUGACGACGACAAGACAAAGAAGAAGCAGAAAAAUGUCCCACUGGUUCCAGACACGACAAUAAACCGAGAUGUUCAAUUUGUAAGUGGAUUGUCUGAUACGAAAGCUAAUGUUGGAGAAAGAGUGGAGUUUUCCUGUAAACUCAGCAGUGAUACAGCUGUGGGGAAGUGGUACAAAAAUGGAAAACUGCUAACUGAAGAGGAUGGAGUAACCAUUAUUAAAGAUGGGGCAUGUCACAGGUUGAUUAUAAACUGUUGCAGUAAAGAAGAUGCUGCUGUGUACCGUUUUGAAGCCGAGGGUCGAAAAUCAGAGGCCACACUCACUGUUGAAGAUCCACCAAAAGUUGACUUGGAUGCUUUAGGUAAAUUCUCCCAACCUGUUAUAAUAAAAGCAGGAGAAACUGCAGAAUGGAAACUGCCUUUUUCUGGCGGGGUUCCUAUUGCUGUCCAGUGGUUCAAAAAGGAUGACGAGCUUUUUCCAGGCCUAAAUGUGAAGAUUGAAACAUCCGAUACAAAGAGCCAACUGCGUCUUACAAAGUGCCAACGAAAAGACAGCGGAGAGGUCAAAAUCAGACUGAAAAAUGAGUAUGGAACUUUUGAAGCAACCUCAAAACUCAUAGUUCUAGAUAAGCCAACCCCACCUCAGGGGCCUGUCGACAUUAUGGAAAGUGCUGUAACAUCUGUCGAAUUUAAAUGGAAGCCGCCAAAAGACAACGGUGGCUGUCCCAUCAUAAGCUACAUGAUUGAGCGUCAACAAGUAGGACGCAAUAAAUGGACUAAUCUGGGUGAAUUUUCUGGCGACAAUCCAAGUUACAAGGAUUCUGACGUGGAUCCAGGAAGGAGGUAUUGUUACCGCAUCCGAGCCAAGAACGCAGAAGGCAUAAGUGAUUACCUGCAGACGCAGGACAUAGCAGCUGGUGUUCUACGUUACCCUGGAGCACCAUCAGCACCUAAAGUGAUCAGUGCUUUUAAAGACUGCAUUAAUCUAACCUGGUGUCCCCCUUGUGACACGGGAGGAACCAAAAUAGUGGGAUACAAUCUGGAAAAGAAAAAGAAGGGCACCAAUUACUGGAGUCUCGUGAACCAGGGAGGGCCCAUUAAAGAUACAAAGUUCUCAGUCAAAGAUGUCAUUGAGGGAGCAGCAUAUGAAUUUAGGGUCUCGGCCAUCAACCUCUCUGGGGCUGGAGACCCAAGUAUCCCGUGUGAGACAGUGUACGCAAGGGACCCUAUGAAACCACCAGGCAAAGUAACCGACCUAAAACUAACAUCGUCCAGCUACACGACCUUCUCUCUGGCCUGGACAAAACCAAAAGAAAUCAAAGAGGUGCAAGAUGAAGCCUUGGGGUACUAUAUGGAAAUCAGACCAAUAGAAAGCCUUGACUGGACCCGAUGUAAUAGUACCCCAAUUACUCUAACUUCUUACACAGUGCUUGGCUUGAAGGCAAUGGCCGCAUACUGGAUCAGAGUAAUUGCCACUAAUUAUGGAGGUGAUGGAGAACCUCAGGGCUUCGACAACUACUUCAUUGCCAUGCCUCCUUCUGUAAGACCAAAGUUCAACGAUCGCAACAUGAAGACCUUUAUGGUGGUGAGACUUGGAUAUACUGUUCGGCUCAACAUCCGCUUUGAGGCCUCUCCUCUGCCAGAGAUCACCUGGCUUAAAGAUGGCCUGCCACUGGGCAAGCACGUGACUGUGACCAACUCAGACAAAGGCUCUCAGCUGCUUAUUCCAACCUCAGAGCGGACAGAUUCUGGCAUUUACACAAUCACCAUCAGGAACAUAGUGGGACAUGAAAGCUUCAGUGUGGAAGUUCGAGUUACAGACGACCCAAAGCCUCCAGGGGCAGUGGAGCUGAUUCAGAACACCCCCGGCACUGUGACCCUGUGCUGGACCCCCUCCCCAGAUGAGAAGAGAGACGACCGACUGCACUACAUGGUGUCCAAGAGAGACUCCUUCAAACGCACAUGGAGGACUGUGGCUGACAACCUCUACAAUAACAGGCUCACAGUGGUCAACAUCGUGCCUGGAAGAGAGUACAACUUCAGGGUUUUUGCCAAAAAUGACAUGGGACUUUCAGUGCCCUGUAAUGCCCCACCAUUUCAGACCAAAAAAGAAAAAGAGAAAGUGACAGUGAAAAUCCCAGAACCAGUUUCUCUGGAUCUCCAGUGUCCCCCUUCGAUCAUUGUCCCACUGAAGAUGCGCACAGCUCCACGGGGCUAUGAGUGCUGCAUGAGCUGUGCGGUAAAGGGCAACCCCACUCCAAGAGUCACUUGGUACAGAAAUAACCUGAGCCUCAACACCAACCCAAACUACCACAUCACCAACGUGUGUGGGGUCUGCUCCCUGCUCAUCCUGCGGGUGGGGGCCAAGGACUGCGGGGAGUACAAAGUGGUUCUGGAGAACAAACUAGGUGUGGUUGAGAGCUCCAUGACACUCAGUGUCAGAGAAUGAGAAGAUGAAUGGAUAAUGCAGAGGAUGCGUAACAAGAAAAAAUACUGUAGACUAUAGACUUGAAUGUGUUUUAGUCUGGGUGCUUUCAAAGUAAAAAGACAAAGGUAAAAUGUGUAUGUAGUCCUCUACAGGCCUGCUUUAUGUCAUCAUGC